AUGGCUGGUGCUUUGGAUCACGAGGAGGAGUUGGUGUGGGACCCGAUCUAUCCAAGUUUGCAGGCCUACGCGAAAGACUUUGACUACGAUCUGAUGGGUCAAAAAGUACAUCGAACUGCACGCUUCCUUGCGGACCCGCAGAACCACAUAGAACGAUGGGUUCGUGAGCAGCAAAUGGAGAUAAUCGCCAUUGGAGCCUCCCUCAUGCUCUCAGUUAUUGUAGUUUUUCUCUACAAGGCAUUUAUCUUCGGUUGCAUCCUCAGCAGUCUACGAUCUUUACGGCACUUCUUGGCUCUCCGAACAAUUAGUAAAAAGUACAAGAAAGUGCAGGAAAAGAAUGACCACGACAAUGUAGAUGCUGAUGUCUUCGCGGCUGAGGCUUACCGAAAAGUUGUUGCUGCAGCCAAUCUCUACACUUAUCGUGACAAGACUGAUAUGAUUGAAUAUGAGUCCGGUCGAUUUAACUGGGAGACCCUCAGAGAAACAGGACUUGCAUACCAAGAGCUCCUGAAGAAGAAUCAGUUGGCGGGGACAAUUUCAAAAAAAGGUCAGGGUUUAGACGUACACUUACUGAACUCACAAAUUCGGUCCCUUUACCAACGAAAGUUGUAA